UUUUACAUUUCCUCAGUAAAGUCCUUAUACUUAUGAAAACAAAUAAACAGAUGAUUACUAAUAAGCAACAAAAAAGAAAGAAAUGAAGCCGGAGACUGAUCCAGGAAGGGCGGAGCAGAGAAGGAGAAAUCAUUUUCACUGAUUAGUGAUGGUUUGAUUGACGGACGAUGAAGGUACGAUGGUGAACUGCUGUGGUCUGCUAACUGUCCAGAAGGAACUAGUUCCUCUGAAGAGUGUGGAGGUGGAUGUGGAGGUGAGGGACCAUGUGGCUACAGUGGUCUCCACUCUGAACUAUGAGAACAAGGAGGACAAACCACUGGAGGCUGUUUUUGUCUUCCCUCUGCCUGGAGAUGCUGCUGUCUGUCAUUUCAGCGCUAAGAUCGGACAGACACAGAUUGUAGCUGAGGUGAAGGAGAAGCAGGAGGCUCGGGAGGAGUAUGAUGACGCAUUGAGCUCAGGUCAGCAGGCCUUCCUAUUGGAGGAGAGUGAUCAGAGUCCAGAUGUAUUCUCUCUGAGUGUGGGCAGUCUGCCUCCAGGAGAGAGCGCCUCCAUCAGGCUGGAGUACGUCACUGAGCUGGCUGUGCAGGCUGAUGACGGGCUGCGGUUUUGCCUGCCUGCUGUGCUCAACCCUCGCUACCAACCUCAGGCAUGCGGAAGUAGUGACGGUGCCAGUGUCCAGGUGACUGCUGUUCCAGCCUCUCUGGUGCCCUACAGUCUGUCCUUCUCUGCCCGAGUGUCCUCUCCUCGUCCAGUCUCUAAAGUAGAGUCCAACUGUUCCCUGGACCCUCUGCAGUACCUCAACACAGAGCAAACCCAGGCCACGGUGAAGUUGGCUGCAGGACAUAAGUUUGACAGAGAUGUUGAGCUGCUGAUUUAUUACAAAGAUGCCCACCAGCCCACUGCUGUGGUGGAGGCAGGACAGGCCUCUGCCAAGCCUG